AUGAUGCAGCAGCCCUUCCAGGAUGAUGAUCUUAUAAUGUCCUUCACAGUAUCCAUGGCCAUUGGGCUUGUCAUUGGAGGUAUCAUCUGGGCAUUGCUUGUCUGUCUGUCUAGACGAAGAGCCAGCGCCUCCAUCUCCCGAUGGAGUUCAAGUCGUCGUUCCAGACCUUAUUCCCACAGUCUCAACAGGACUGGAUUUUAUCGGCACAGUGGCUGUGAACGUCGAAGCAACCUCAGCUUGGCCAGCCUCACCUUCCAGCGACAAGCUUCCCUGGAACAAGCCAAUUCCUUUCCUAGAAAAUCAAGUUUCCGGGCUUCUACUUUCCAUCCUUUCUUACAGUGUCCUCCAUUACCUGUGGAAACUGACAGUCAACUAAUGACUCUUCCUUCCACCAAUACCUCUCCCAUUAUCAAUACCACACACAGUUUGAGCCGCCCAGACUUUCAUUGGUCUAAUAAUAGCCUUCGUGUUGGCCUUUCAACACAAACUCCUCCGCCAGCUUAUGAGUCUAUUAUAAAGGCAUUCCCAGACUCUUGAAUAGAGGAUUAUCUGUGCUUUCUUUUUCAUAAGAGGUAAUCACAAAUAAAUUAAAUAAAUGUUGAGGAGGGGGGUAUAGUCAAGAUGAUUAGAGGGUCCCCAGGACUGUGUUAUUCCGGUAAUGUUGGAAAUUAAUGCACUAUGUUUGGUUUGUACAAAAAAAGUGCCUGUGUACCACAAAAACUUCAUGUUCUACCAUAUAGGUUUUGUAAUUUUGUAUUCCUGUAUUGUAAGGCUUUUAGAAUAGAUCAGUGGGUUUGCUAAAAUACUAUAUAUCCCCUUUAGUGUUUUUUAACAUAACUGAUGAAUGUGUAUUUUUAAGAAACUUCUGCUUUGUCUUAUGUUUAUUAUGGGGGAAUAUGUUCAAAUAUCCAUCCCUAUGCUUCAUGAUGAAAACUUGUUUUUUUGAGAAAACUCCCUUCAUUUUGACAUCAAAUCCCAUUUUAAAACACUUUUAAAUCAUCUGGUAGCUUUAAAAUUGUAACAAAAAGAGACUAAUUUGCACUGACCUGUGAAAGAUACCAUAGGAAAACAAUCAUCAGAAGGAGUAUUGGACUUUUUCAUUCCAGAGAGACUCCAUUAUAAUUUUUUCUCAUUCAUGAUUAUUCAUGUCAAUAAAGUCACUGUGGAGAUCUCAUACAUAGAGGGAAAGGAAGAAAACAAGCAUGUAUAUAGUGCUACUAGGUGCCAACUAAGGUAAGCAUAUUUUGCAAAUAUCUCACUUGAUCCUCACAACAAUCCUGGGAAGUAGGUGCUAUUAUUAUCCCCAUUUUACAA